GAGCUUGUGGCACUUGUGGCGUGUGGCAGUCUGUGAAAGAUACAAAAUUAUUUAGUUUGAAUGAUUCGAUGAGCGAUUUAGUUAUUCAUUCGAGCAAAGUGUAUAUAAACAGCAGACGCUGUGGAGCUGCAAAGAGAGAAAACACUCGAAUUCCUGCGAAUUUUAACAUUCGUGCUUUUGUUUUUGAUUAUAUCGCUAUAUCUAUAUAGGUUUGCCUUCUAAGCUGCAGCAGCUGCUUGAGUUUUGAAACAGCUUCGAUCGUUUUUUGUGGGGUGCUGCUGCAAAUAUGCCCAAAUUACCAGCGGUUGGCAUUGAUCUUGGCACAACAUACUCUUGUGUUGGCGUUUUUCAACAUGGCAAAGUCGAGAUCAUUGCCAACGAUCAGGGCAAUCGCACUACGCCCAGUUAUGUGGCCUUUACGGAGUCGGAGCGCCUCAUUGGCGAUGCGGCCAAGAAUCAAGUUGCCAUGAAUCCAAACAACACAAUUUUUGAUGCCAAGCGCUUGAUUGGACGUAAAUUCGACGAUGCCGCCGUGCAAAGUGAUCUGAAGCAUUGGCCCUUCGAGGUGUUCUCGGAGAAUGGCAAGCCGCGCAUACGCGUGGAGUACAAGGGCGAGAAGAAGAGUUUCUAUCCGGAGGAGGUGUCCUCCAUGGUGCUGACCAAGAUGAAGGAAACAGCGGAGGCGUAUCUGGGCGGCAGUAUCACUGAUGCGGUCGUUACAGUGCCCGCCUAUUUCAACGACUCGCAGCGCCAGGCUACGAAGGAUGCGGGCGCCAUUGCCGGGCUGAAUGUGCUGCGCAUUAUCAACGAGCCAACGGCGGCGGCUAUUGCUUAUGGGCUGGACAAGCAGGGCACCAGUGAGCGUAAUGUGCUCAUCUUUGAUUUGGGCGGCGGCACCUUUGAUGUGUCCAUACUGACCAUAGAGGAUGGCAUCUUCGAGGUCAAGGCCACCGCUGGCGACACGCAUCUGGGCGGCGAGGACUUUGACAAUCGCAUGGUCAAUCACUUUGUGCAGGAAUUUCAGCGCAAGCACAAGCGCGAUCUGGCGCCCAACAAGCGUGCGCUGCGCCGCCUGCGCACCGCCUGUGAGCGCGCCAAGCGCACCUUGUCCUCCUCCACGCAGGCGAGCAUUGAGAUUGACUCACUCUUCGAGGGCAUUGACUUCUAUACGUCCAUAACGCGUGCGCGCUUUGAGGAGCUCAACGGCGAGCUCUUUCGCGGCACCAUGGACCCGGUGGCCAAAGCGCUGCGAGAUGCCAAAAUGGACAAGGCGCAGAUACAUGAUAUAGUGCUGGUUGGUGGCUCGACUAGAAUACCUAAGGUGCAGCGGCUGCUGCAGGACUUUUUCAACGGCAAGGAGCUCAACAAGUCCAUCAAUCCGGAUGAGGCGGUGGCCUACGGCGCAGCCGUACAGGCAGCCAUUCUGCAUGGCGACAAGUCCGAGGCUGUGCAGGAUUUGCUGCUGCUGGAUGUUACGCCGCUGUCGCUGGGCAUUGAAACGGCGGGUGGGGUUAUGACUACGCUGAUUAAGCGCAACACCACCAUACCCACCAAGCAGACGCAGAUCUUCACCACCUAUGCCGACAAUCAGCCAGGUGUGCUCAUUCAAGUCUACGAGGGCGAGCGUGCCAUGACCAAGGACAACAAUAUACUCGGCAAGUUUGAGCUGACCGCUAUACCGCCAGCGCCACGUGGUGUGCCUCAAAUUGAGGUGACCUUUGACAUUGAUGCCAAUGGAAUAUUAAACGUCACGGCUGCGGAGAAGUCCACAGGCAAGGAGAACAAGAUCACCAUCACCAAUGACAAGGGCCGUCUGUCUAAGGAGGAUAUUGAGCGCAUGGUUAACGACGCCGAGUCCUAUCGUCAGGCUGACGAGCAGCAGCGCGAGCGCGUCGAUGCUAAAAACCAACUGGAGUCCUAUUGCUUCCAAAUGCGCUCCAGCAUGGAGGACAAUCAGGUGGCCAGUCGCAUUGCUGAUGCCGAUCGCGAGACUAUAUUGCAAAAAUGCACUGAGACCAUCAACUGGCUGGAUGCCAAUCAGCUGGCAGAGAAGCCCGAGUUCGAGCACAAACGCCAAGAGCUGGAACGCAUCUGUAAUCCCAUCAUGACCAGAAUGUAUCAAAGCGCUGGCGCCCCACCGCCACCCACUCAAGCUAGUAAUGGUGCCAGCUCUGCUGGCGCUGGCGCUAACAGCGGACCAACCAUCGAAGAGGUAGACUAACUUGGCCAACAGUGUAAGGUUUUAGUUCAACUAACCAAAUUUAAAAGAGUUAACAAAAUUUUUAUGAAUAAAGACAACGGUUUUAUUUGAA